UCCGCGGGGGAUUAGUGCGCGCACACUGCGCUGUAAAGCCUCCAGCUCUCCAAGGGAUCUCUGCAGCCUCAGUGCGUAAAGUUGGGACGGGGCUCCGGACGCAGCGCGCACUUCAUCCCACAGCCUCCAUGUGCGUCACCUCUGCGGGAAACCUGACGAGGAUUUCUGAUGUUCCGAUCCCCGCGCUGCUCCCUGACGGAUGAGAACAUCGUGAAGGCGAUUUCCCUUUAGCAGAGCAUCCGUCCCGGAGCGCACAGGGGACAUGGGUCAGCUUUAUGGUGCGACUCUCUUACCAUUUGGCGCUAUCUGUGUGGUUUUCCUGUGGGAAUCUGGUGCCAGCUCCAUCAGGGCGACGCUUGCAGUGGACACCUCGAGAGCGGAGUGUCCGGAUAGUAAGAUCUUGACCGUGGAGUAUCCCUGUGUCGGAGCUGCAGGGAAGAGCAGCACUUGUUUGAGGAGGAAAUGCUGUGACGGCUUCAGGUUUGUGAUGGGCCAGUGCAUCCCUGAAAGUGUGGAUGUGUGUGCGGUGUCGCCCUGUGAGCAGCAGUGUACUGAUAACUUCGGACGGGUGGUCUGCACGUGUUACCCCGGGUAUCGCUUCGACAGAGAGAGACACCGGAGCCACAAAUCUCCGUACUGCCUCGACAUCGAUGAGUGUGAGCAGCCGGACAGCAGUGUGUGUGACCACGAGUGUGUGAACACGGAGGGCAGCUUCCUGUGUCGUUGUCAUAGCGACUACAUCCUGGCACCGGACCAGCGCUCCUGCAUCCCCGUACACAACCUGAGCUCCUCGGGGAAGUCGGACACCCUGAUGAGCGCCGGCAGCUGCUCCUUCACCUGUCAGGACUUCCUGAACAUGAAGAGCAGUCUGCUGCAGCUGAAGCUGAGGCUGGGGAACGCUCAGUCCCCCAACCAGGUUCCUAACAGCAGUGACAAACGGUCUCUGAGGGCAGGAAAGAGUCCGGACAGCCCCUGCCUCUCAGGUCUCCCCGGCCCUCCAGGAGCUCCAGGGGUCCCAGGACACCCAGGGGAGCCGGGGAAGAGAGGGGACCCCGGGGACAGGGGCCUGCCGGGAAUCCGAGGUCCACGGGGGGACAUGGGCCCCAUGGGUCCAGAGCCGGACCUGAAGCACAUGAAGAGGGGUCGCAGGGGGCCCGUGGGCUCCACUGGGGCGACCGGAAGAGACGGACUCAAGGGGGACCGAGGAGCUCCGGGUCCCAGAGGUCCACCAGGCCCCCCCGGCUCCUUCGACUUCCUCCUGCUGAUGAUGGCCGACAUCCGCAACGACAUCAUCGAGCUGCAGGAGAAGGUGUUCGGGGAGCGGCGGGGCAUCGCUCCGGACAGCCCGCCUCACUCCAGCGGGGAGAUGGAUUUUGUGGAGUGGGGCUCCGGACAGGGAGACCUCCUGCUGAGCACCUGACCUCAGUCUGAGGAACAAAGACUCUCUGGGAAGGAGAAGGAUUGCACCCUCAACUCUGACACAGACAGUUAACCUGAGGGGAUCAUGAAACAGCCUCUCUUCACACAGCGAGGGGAGUGUGUGUGCAGGAGUGAGGAAGAUGUCUUUAUGUCUGAACCACUUCAAACGAGGAACUUUAUCGUCUGCAUCUCUUCCUCUUCCUGAGUCUGCAGCCCAUGGAAGCUCUGCUGCAGGGCGCUGGUGCAAAGACCAUCCCCCACCCCUGCAGGAUCCAGCGCUAAAGCCUGAGCUCUGCAGCUUCCCUGUACUCUGAGGCAUCUGCAGAAGCUAAUUCAGGAGAUGUAUGAGUAGGCUAUUGAAAAACCCCAAUCCUGUUGGACAAACUCAGAAACGAGAAAAGUAUUUUUUUUGUACAAUCAUGCAACAGAAGUUCAAGUAUCGUAAAACCUUUAGCACCAAGUCUGUUCAUAGAUUAAUGUUAGUAAGACUUCCAAUCUGUUGACCUCUUUAAAGAGUAGAUAACAGGAAAUAUGACCCGGAGAAAUUGAGGAAUAAAAUGACUUUUCAAACCAAAAUUAGAUUCAGGGUGAAGAGGGUGUCAUGUAAUCUCUUCACACACAUGACAAACUGUGAAGCAGCAGCACACAGGGGCUCACACCCUGCUCAAUAAAGGUGUUUCUGACUCUUAAUUAAAUCUGUAUACAUGUUUUUAAUCACUGGACCGUCUAAUAGCAAAGGCCUAACAAUUCUCACCAAGAAUGGCUAAAGGUUAGUGCAUCCAAAGUGGUG